UAGGUUAUGAAAUAAGAAAGGAUGUUUAUAUUCAAAGAAUUAUUAGAAUUAUUGAAUUGACUAAUAUAAUUCGUACAUAAAGUAGAAUGGAAUAUUUCAGUGUUUACCCUAGAGAUUUUCCUUGCAUUAGUUGAUUCAUUAUUAUUCGAGGAUUGAGGUAAUUCUAAUAAAUCAAAAUGAAAAGGAGUCCAAAUCCACUGGAGGAAAUUUGUCUGGAUAAAAUAUCAGAUAACAUUCGUAUGUAUAUAAACUUUCUACACAUGCCAGACACCCAACGGAGUGAAGCUUCAAAAUGCCAAUGUGUUUUCAAAGAUCCCAAUAUAUUUCUCAUUCAACGAAUGUCCGAAAAAUUGAUGAGCAAGUUACACGAGAAGAGAUUCCUUACAAAUUCUACUCUGAGCUUGUUUUCUGAACAAAAUACAAAACUGAAAAGAGUGAAACUCGAAGAUAUUACAGUAGAUAAGGAGGGUAUGAUGUUCUUGAAAAAUCACAAAAUUACCGAUUUAGAAUGUAUCAAUAUAAAAACUAUUAGUAUUGUAGAUAUUAUAGAUUGUUUAGAUAGUUGGUCUGUACAGAAUUUAAUUAGUGCCAAUUUCACCAAAUGUAGUUUCAUGGAUUCAUUCAACUAUUGUUAUAUGGUGAAAAUCCUGGCCUUUAAGAAUCUUAGAAGCUUAAGUUUGGCAUAUACAGAAUUGAAUCAGUUUUGUUUCAAAAGGAUCUGUACAGAUUUGAAAUUACUGGAGAGAUUAGAUUUAUCUGGUACAUAUAUUACUUGUCUAGAACCCUUGAGAAACCUUCAGCAUCAAUUGAAGUAUCUAAGCUUAGCGGAUCUACCGCAUGUGAAUAAUUUAGUUCCUGUCGUCCGUGAUACCUACAAAUUGAAACACCUAGAUGUCAGUUUAUUCAAUAAAAAACUUGAUGAACUAAAUAUAGAAGCGGGGCAAUCUCAGGUUGCUCAAUUGCUAGAGUUCAAAGACGAUAUGCCUGGUUUGGUAUCGUUGGAUAUAUCUGGAUGGAAAGAUCACAUUUCCAAAGACCUAUUGUAUAAUUUUAUGCUUACGCAUCCAAAAUUGGAGUAUUUAGGUAUCGUAUUCAGCGAUCUUAUGUUCGAACCUGCUUUCUGUGAGACACAGUACUUUCAAUAUCCCAGACAUGUGGUUAUUGGGGGACUUGGAAAUAAAGACCAAAUUGCAGUCACCUUGCAGAGGUACAAAAACAGGGCGAGUUACAUUCAGAAGGCCCUCUAUCAUCUGUUCCAGAUAACGAACAGGGCAUCCCCGGAACCCUGCCCGGAGAUGUUCGAACUCGUUCUGCCCGUCAUGGCUCAUCACCCCCUGGUUUUUGGGGUACAGAUGGCAGCCACGGCCUGCCUUUACAACCUCACCAAGGGGGAACUCUCGAAAAACAUACACCCCAACCUGCUCAGCAAAGGGAUCAAUCUGACGCUCAACGCCAUGACCAAUUUCCCCAAGGAGUACCAACUCCAGAAGAAUUCCCUCUUGACCUUGUACAACGACCGUAUCUUGCUCGAGGUGAAUUUCGACAGAUCCAAGUGUGCCGUUCUGGUCUUGGACGCCCUGUGCAAAUUUUCCGACGACAACGUCAGCAGGAUGGCCGCGGCGAUCUGCAGCAUCCUUGCCUCGAAGAUCACGUCCAAGGAGACCUCCCAGCUCGGCUCGAAGGUGAAAUACAUGAGUAAACUGUUGGAGAUGGUGGCCAACAGGGUAAAGAAUGAAAUGUCGGACAUAACCUUGAAAUUCACGCUCAGCGCCCUCUGGAACUUGACAGACGACAGCCCUGAUUGGUGUACGGUCUUCGUGAUCAAAAAGGGCGUUCUGCUCUUCCUCAAAGUCCUGGAAAAGUUCAAAAACGACAGUACCAUAGAGCCUAAGGUGUUGGGUCUGUUGAAUAACAUUGCGGAAGUGACUGAACUCAGGAAAUACUUGAUGUUGGACGAACUGAUGGAACAGCUUUAUUUUUUGUUGAAGUCGGAAAAUAUAGACGUCAGUUAUUUCGCUGCAGGGAUAGUGGCAAAUCUUGCGUCUGAUGGCGAGGAGCCCUGGAUAGCCACCAGUCACGGUAGAGAAGAGAUGUUGGCCGAAAUGGAGGAUGCUAUAAUUCAGUGGGAGGUGCCGCAGAGCGAGAUGGUGGCGUAUAGGAGUUUCAAGCCUUUCAUACCUUUGUUGGCCGUUAAUAUGGAUUAUAGAGUGCAGCUUUGGGCUUUGUGGGCCAUUCAUCAUGUUUGUACGAAAAUACCGAAACGUUAUUGUUCAAUGCUCAAAGAAGAAGGUGGUGAUGUAUUGUUAAGUAUUUUGUUGAAAAAACCCGAUGUUCACGAAGUAAUCAGAGUAAUCGCAGGAAAAAUAAUGGACACAUUAGAAAACACACAAAUCAUUUAGUGAUACAAUGACUAAUUGAUUUUAAUUCGAAAAUCGGAAUGGAAAACAACAUUCAGACGUUUUAUACAUCCGAAUUGAUAUUAAACUUGUUGCACUGCAAUAAAAUGACUCAACCAUAUUGUUUUCAAACGUUUUAUGGGCUAUUUGGAAGUAACGAUUCAUUGUUGGAGAACUUUUUAUGUGUGCACGUUUCUUGAGGCUUGAAAACUUUCAGCGCAUUGGUGACGAUAAAGCAGAAAGGAGUGCCAAAUAAUCAUGGAAUUUUCAAGAUUUACUCUGUUCUCUUUUACCAAAAUGUAUAUGUGAUGUGAAUAAUUCUCAUGUUAAUCGUAGAAAGAAUUAAUUUUUGCUUCAUCCAUAUUUUAUUUAUGAGAUAUAUACUCAAUCUAUUGUAUAAAGUAAUUAUUGCAUCUAUCAUUUACCCUAUUAGCUCAAUUAUUGAUAUUAUAAAUUGUGGUAUAUACAAAUAUUUAAUAGAAUAGUUUGUUGAA